AUGGUGAGAAAGAAUAAAAACCGUCACUCAAGUGGUGGUCGCGGAGGCAGGAUAGGUUCUGGGCCAUCAAGUACAGUCUCAUGCUCGAUUCCUGAACUCCAAAAAUUUGUUCCCGGCGAAAGCUUAAAGCGCCCUGGAUUCGUUUCUGCUGGUGAAAGCUAUAUUGUGAAGGCAAACCAUUUUAAACUAACUUAUAAUGAAACUCUUUGCCGAUAUCAUGUAUUAAUAGAUCCUAAGCCUACUUCAGCUGGUGAUGUCAUGAUACAACUUGCAAAGCUGUAUGGGCAAUCACGUUUGGGUGGUCGUCUUCCUGCAUAUGAUGGAAAGAAAAGCUUAUAUACAUCUCGUCCAUUUCCAUUUACUUGUGAGGCUUUUAAAGUAACACUACCUGACCAGGAAAAUAUUCUUUGUGGCCUCCCAAGGGGUAAGAGACAUUUUAGGGUCCAGAUAACAUUGGAUAAAGUUUUGUUCGGACGAAUUGAUGGUGAAGAAUUCUAUCAAGCAUUUAAUACUAUUCUACGUGAAUUGUUCCUUGGAAGGUAUUGCCUAGUUGGCCGGUCAUUUUAUAAAUCUCAACCUGGCGAGGGCUUGAAAAACUGCUGUGGUUUUUAUCAGACAAUACAAAACACACAGAUGGGAAUUUCAUUAAAUAUCGAUAUAUCCUGUAAACCAUUCAUCAAUCCUCUACCUGUGAUCAAUUUAGUUGCACUGCUUCUGAACAGGGACAUAUCAGAUGACCCCUUUGACUUUUGUGAACGGUUGAAGGUAAGUAAAGAUCUGUGUGAUGUAGAAGUUAAUUUCACACUUGAAAAAAAUGCGGACAAGAAAUAUCGUAUAACUGGCCUUACGUCACAAGGGUCAAGCCAACUACCUUGCCCAUGUGAUGAUAGUGGUACUGGGAAGACAGUAUUAGAGUACUUCAAGGAAACAUAUCGAUGUACUAUUCGGUCUCGUGUACCAUGUUUGAAAGUUCGUGAUCAAGAGAAGCCAACAACUUACCUACCAAUGGAGGUCUGUGAGAUUUCUGACGCAAAACAGAUAUCGUAUCUUCUUAGUGUCGCUUGCCAGCACCCUAUGGACCGUGAGAAGACCAUUUUACAGACAGUGAACCCAUACAAUGAGGACCCGUAUGCAAAGGAAUUUGGCAUAACUUUUGAGAACAAACUCACAAUAGUCAAGGGUCGUGUGCUACCUCCUCCUGUGCUCAAAUUUAAUGACCAAGGCAAAGUGAAGGAAUUCUUGCCAAAAGUUGGCAAGUGGAAUAUGCGGCUUAAGCAAAUGGUCAAGGGAGGAGAAGUUAACACCUGGGCAUGCAUUAACUUCGCUUCAGAUAUCACGCAUGCUGCUGCUGUGGCUUUCUGUGAUGAGUUGGCUGUGACGUGCCUAAUCUCUGGAAUGAACUUUAAGGGUGACCCUGUGCUCCCUCUAGUGAAUGCUAAACCUAAUCAUGUACGACCGUUUCUCAAGAAACAUUACCAACGUUUCAUGGCAAUACUCAGACCACUGCACAAAGAACUUGACCUGCUGAUUGUAAUACUGCCCGACAAGAAUGGCACUCUUUAUGGUGAUAUCAAAAGAAUAUGUGAGACAGAUCUUGGGCUAGUCUCUCAAUGUUGUCUUGCAAAGCAUGUUUUAAAGAUGAAACCACAAUAUCUUACAAAUAUUGCCCUUAAAAUCAACAUGAAGGUGGGGGGAAGAAAUACUGUACUUCUUGAUGCUGUGGUAGGGAAUCUCCCACGUGUUAGUAACACACCAACUAUUAUAUUUGGUGCCGAUGUCAGUCAUCCUCAUCAUGGAGAAGGACGUUCUAGUCCUUCUAUUGCAGCUGUUGUAGCUUCUCAAGACUGGCCGGAGGUUACCAACUAUGCUGGAUUAGUCCGGCGGCAAGCCCGUCAUGAAGAGAUUAUACAAGGCCUUUUUAACGAAAAUGAUUGUGGAAGUGGACGUAUAUCUGGUGGAAUGAUCAAAGAGCACCUCAUUUCUUUCAUGAGGUCGACUGGACAUAUACCCCGGAGGAUCAUAUUUUACAGGGAUGUUGUCAGCAAAGGACGGCUCAAUAUGGUUAUUGAGCAUGAACUUUCUGCCAUUAAAAAGGCAUGUGCGUCGCUGGAUCCUAUUUAUAAUCCACAAGUUACCAUUAUUAUGGUUCAGAAACAGCACCACACACGUUUGUUCGCUGGUAACUAUGGUGUUGGGAGCACAAUUUUUGAAAGUGGAAAUGUAUUGCCAGGUACUGUGGUUGAUAAAGAAAUAUGCCAUCCCACUGACUUUGAUUUUUACUUGUGUAGCCAUGCUGGCACUAAGGGAGUCAGCCGGCCUGUUCGUUAUCAUGUUCUCUGGGACGAGAACAAUUUUACGGCCAACGCUUUGCUAAUUCUCACUAACCAUCUAUGCUAUACGGACGCGAGGUGCACCUCUUCUGUUUCAAUUGUGCCUCCUGUUCACUAUGCCCAUCUUUUGGCAUCGCGGGCUCGGCUCUAUAUUGGGUACAAGGGAAACCUACCUGAUAUCAAGGACAAUGUGAAAAAACGUGGCAUGUUCUUCUGCUAA